UCCCCGCGGUGUCCCGGCCCGGCCCCCCCGCGGCCUGGCCCUCUCCGGACGCCUCUCUCCGCUUCUUGCAGCUCCCCGCCGCCGCAGCCAUGGCCGACGAGCUGGACUUCACCACGGGCGACGCGGGCGCCUCCUCCACCUACCCCAUGCAGUGCUCGGCGCUGCGCAAGAACGGCUUCGUGGUGCUCAAGGGGCGCCCCUGCAAGAUCGUCGAGAUGUCCACCUCCAAGACGGGCAAGCACGGCCACGCCAAGGUCCACUUGGUUGGUAUCGAUAUCUUCACUGGUAAAAAAUAUGAAGAUAUUUGCCCUUCAACUCAUAACAUGGAUGUUCCAAAUAUCAAGAGGAAUGAUUAUCAACUCAUUGGUAUUCAGGAUGGAUAUCUCUCCCUGCUGACAGAAAGUGGUGAAGUUCGUGAGGAUCUAAAGUUACCAGAAGGUGAUCUUGGCAAAGAAAUAGAAGGAAAAUUCAAUGCCAGUGAAGAUGUGCAGAUAUCUGUCAUAAGUGCAAUGAAUGAAGAAUGUGCUGUAGCCAUAAAGCCUUGCAAAUAAAGAGGAUCUCCAGGCUCGGGCAGCUGCUCAGGUCUGGACAAAUCACAGAUCUUUAAAUUUUGUUCUGAUUGUCACCAAAGCUCUGGCCUUCACAAGCAACCUCAUUUCUUUUUUGAAUUGUUAAAAAGCAGUGCUGGAUUCUGGAUUAGUGUUGCAGGCUAACUGGCAGUUUUCAAAAUCACUGAGAUUUUAAUUCCUUAAUUGUAACUAUUUUAACAUUCCUGUGGGUUUCAGCUAUGGAUCUGAGAAACCAAUCAGGUGUUAUUAGUGGAUAUAUUUUUAUUUGCUUGAGCAAAACAGUGUUUGUCUGUAUGAACAGACAAAAUACAGUAUUCAGGGGCUUUUAGAUAAGCUAGUAGGUAUCUAGGAUUAUAAAGUGACCUAGAGCACAAAUAGUAUUUUUCUUGGCAUAUUUACGUAGAACUGACAAUAAAAGUAGGGUUUUUUCUCUUUUUUGUUCUUUUUUUUUCUUUUUUUUUUUUUUUUAAAGAAGCUUACGUAUUUUGUGAAUUGGGACUCUUGCAGAACUGUAGGUGCCAAUCACAAGUUUUAGACCAAGAAACUCAAGUGAUCAAAAACGCCAGCUGGCUUGACAAAGCCCCUGUGGCCAUGUGCAACUUAACUGUAUUACCUCUGUACUCUUCUUUGCCAAUUUUUGGCUUAUUGUAAUGUUAAAAUGGUGUCAAAGCCUACCUUUGGUUUAGGCAGGCAUUGGAGUAUUGGGUAGAUGCGAUAUAGGUAGGUUAAGGGGAUACAAAGGUGAGAUGGAUGUUAAAGCUAUAGACUUUCACUCGAGGCCUUUGUCAGACUUGAAAAAUAAAAACAGAAAAAUGCAGUUCAAUUGCUUUCCUCUAUUGUAUUUAUCUGAAACUAUAAAAGGGUGACAAACUCCAUGGGAAUCUGUUGCAGUGCUUCCAGCUCUAGGUUUUAAUCUUCAGGUUGAGACCAUUUUUGUAGCACAAGGUUUUUCAAAAAGUGGGGCAUAUUGUAGCAUUGAGCCUAAACUAAAUGCAUGUGAUUCUUUUUGAAAGUAGAUCUAUAGUAUUGUCAAGACAAAGACUUGACAGACAAUACAGAACAACCAUAGCUGACUUACAGAAGUAAGUGCUCCAUAGUUUAGAAAGCUGGCUGCUAUCCAUAGAAGUUUCUCAAGUCAUUAAAACACAUAUGCAUGCCUCUAACUUGUUAGCAGCUUAGCAGGCAAAGGAAGCUUUACAGAACUAGUUGCAGAAGGAUAACUAGUCUACUCCUGUUUUUGUUGCUCCACUUGAUAGUUAGUGUCCCUUAAUAAGGGAGGAACUCCUUUGCCCGUGGCUUAAACCUCUCUUCACAGUUCAUAAACUGAAUUGUUUUGUAAACUUGCCUUAAGCUUCAGUAGCUAUUGGCUAAUUGAGGACAACCUGUGAGCGGUUGGCGUGMUGCCCUGGACAGCGUGCACUGUUUGUGCUCUUUCGGCAGCAAGAGUGAGACUUCACGUUGCUGUUAACUACUUAAAAUGUUUGGAGCUUAAUACUAUGUACUCYUUAAUUCCCAAAGGGCUCACAGCCACUCUCCUGAUGUGCCCUUGUACCUGUCCUUGUACCUGCCAUGUUGGGGCUUAGCAAAUCUUGGAGGUCUAGUAGAGGUGGCAAAAACAUGCAUUUUCCAUAGCCUUCUUGUGGCAGGGAGAGGAGCACAAUGAAGGUAAAGACAGCAAUAAAUCUCCUCCGGUAAGGAAGCGCAGUUCCCUGUGAAAGCUGGCAGGUGGAGGAUAGUGCUGCAUGCUCUCGCCCAGCACAGUCAGUGUUGUAGGUGAGCUCUACAAAUAGCAUCUUGACUGAAAUGACAAAACUGCUUUUAAAAAAGCCAUAGACGCAAGAGAUUGAAAUGCAUUCAGAAUAGCUAGAAGUGCCUGCUUAGUAGUCUAAUCUGCAGUAUAUGCUCUUUCUGGCCUCUCCGUCAUACUGAUAGCUGAAAGAGGCCUUGUUUGGUUUAGAGAUACYGAAACCAUUACUAAUGGUGUUAAUGAUGUCCAGUGGGAAGUCGUAGGCCACUGCUUCAAACUUAACAAAAGUUCUAGAUGCUAUCACUGUAUUCAGAAUACUUCUAAAAUGCUUGAAAAUGGUAAGAUUUGUAUUUAUCCUUACAAGAGUGCUUUCAUCCACUCUUGUGUGACUGUCCUUCAGAACAUGUGUUACAAGCUAGGGAUUUGAUGCCACGGGCCCACAAUCUUAAGCAUUUAUUUGGACUAAGUUCUUUGGGACAAGGGCUGGUGUUUUCUUUUUGGUUGGUUGUUUUUUUUUCUAAUUUCUGCAGUAGGUCCUGAUCUGCCUGAUAUUUUCAGGUACUACCGCAAUCUAAAGAUACAGUUUUGGUGAGCUCCAGUUUAUUGGAAUAGCCCUUCCUGGGACUUAAAGAUGUCCUUCUAUUCCUACCUUCAGUUCUGCAAGAUUUAGAUGGUUCAGUACUUCAGUAGAGGUUUGUGCUAUUUAUAUACUUGUCUUUUGUGAAGCACUUCAAAUGCUGUGGAAGUGCAGAGCAUCRGCUCAUCAUGCAUGAAGCUUCCCACAGGUAAAGCUUGUGGUUUAGCAUGAGUCUUAAGCAUAAUCUCCAAGUUUCAGUAAGAAGUUGCUCCUAAAUUAGAGGAAAUAUUUCAGCCAUUUCUUUCAAAGUAGGACAUUUCAGUUUACUGUCAGAAUCAUUUGCAACAAAAUUUUGUUUGUGAUCAGUAGUCCAUUAUGAGUGCGUAUUUAAGAUCCCUGUCAAACAUUUAGUGAAGUUCUGCUCUCAGAGCUUUACAUUAAAACAAAUCUUAUCCAUCUACAUGUUUUGUAGCACUAUUUUAAUACUUUAAGCUGUGUCAGAAACAAAAACUACAAAAUUCUAGUAGCUGAUGCAAUUGCUUAAUAUAAAGGCUGUGAAAACUAAGAGGUGAAGAAAAGUAUUUCUGCUCCUAAUAAUGUUUUUUUCUUUAUGACUCCAAUUCAGUGAGUUUGUUAUUACUGUACAGAAUUAAGAAGACUGCAGUGUUUCCUGCCUCAAAUGUUGGCAAAUAAUAUUUCAUGAUUUCAACAGAUC